AUAGGCCCAUGGUUUGUCAUAUCAUAUAAGUUGUCUGACUGCUCCGAACGAGAAGGACCGAUUUUUUCUUCCAAGAUGAUUUCCUUACUAAGACUUGCUCUUUACUGUUAUGCUAUUAGCAUUGUUGCUGGUCAAGGAACCGAAGACUUGUUUGGAGGGUCUGGAGACGGAGAAGACUUGUUUGGAGGGUCUGGAGACGGAGGUGAUUGCCAGUGUAUCAACGGAGGUGUAUGUCAGAUCGAUGGCACGUGCGAUUGCCCUGAAGAAUUUGGAGGCUCUCAAUGUCAAAUUCCACGUAAGACUUUUAUACGCCCGUCUCGAUGGGACGUAUUACAUGAAUUAUGGUAAACGCGAUUACUUCAGUAAUUUAACUUAACCUAGGCUCCUAUAAUCUGGUAAAAAGAGUGGUAGGUAUGAUACUAGCGUGGAUACCAGGAAGGUCAAAAAGUCAAAGGUUACAGUGACCUAUUUUCAUCUUACCCUUCUGCAGUUGUUGUAAACGUAAUAGCUUCAGUUGAACUUAACCUAGACUAAUAUAAUUUGGUGUGUAUGAUACUAGCAUAGAUCCUAACAAUUCUAUUGAUUUUGAGGUCAGAAGGUCAAAGGU